UCUUUCUUUUCCAUCGUAUAGUCCGGAGUAAGAAGGAUUACCUCGUUACGAAGUCACACAAGCCCGGCAACCGACACCCAAAAAAAUUCAUCAAACUCGCAGAGAAACACCAUUUUACGCCAAUUCUUUUCCCUCGCCGAUCUCCCCCAAUUUCCAGCUCGAUCCCCAUCCCCUCUCCUCCCUCCUUCUUCCUCCGCCUCCCACCCUCCCACCGCGACCGCGUCGACCCGCCACCCACCCAACCGCGCCGAGAUCCAGAUCCAGAUCCGCCGCCAUGAACCCGGGGCGCCCGGCGCCGGCGUCGUUCCGCGACCGCACCAACGAGUUCCGCGCCGCCGUCGAGAGCGCCGCGCGCUACGCCUCCUCCUCCGCGGCGGCGGCGCCCAGCAGCAGCAGCGGCGGCGGCGUUGGCGGCCCGCUCGACGUGUCGCGGGGGGCGGCCUCGGCGCACUCGGAGUUCAACCGCCGCGCCUCCAAGAUCGGGCUCGGGAUCCACCAGACCUCGCAGAAGCUCGCCCGCCUCGCCAAACUGGCAAAGAGGACAUCUGUUUUUGAUGACCCUACGGUAGAGAUACAAGAGCUGACUGCAGUUAUCAAGAAAGAUAUCACUGCUUUGAAUUCUGCCGUUGUAGACCUACAGGUUCUCUGCAAUUCACAAAAUGAGAGCGGCAACCUUUCCAAGGAUACAACAAAUCAUUCCACUACAGUUGUGGACAAUCUAAAAAAUCGCCUGAUGAGCGCAACAAAAGAAUUUAAGGAAGUUCUUACCAUGCGGACAGAGAACUUGAAAGUUCAUGAGAAUAGAAGGCAAAUGUUCUCAUCAUCAGCUGCGAACAAUGCAUCAAAUCCAUUUGUUCGUCAACGUCCCCUUGUUACCAGGGAUGGUCCUGAAUCCUCUGUACCCCCGGCACCAUGGGCCAGUGAUUCUGCCACUACUCCAUUGUUUCAGAGGAAGAAGACUAAUGGAGAUCAUGGAGCAUCAUCAUCAUCUUCUCAGCCAUUCAUGCAGCAGCAGUUAGUACAGCAGGACAGUUACAUGCAGAGUAGAGCGGAGGCUCUCCAAAAUGUUGAAUCAACCAUCCAUGAGCUAAGCAACAUUUUUACACAACUGGCAACUAUGGUUUCUCAGCAGGGAGAGCUAGCAAUCAGAAUUGAUGAGAACAUGGAUGACACACUAGCCAAUGUUGAGGGAGCUCAGGGCCAGCUACUGAAGUAUCUCAACAGCAUUUCAUCGAACCGGUGGCUGAUGAUGAAGAUAUUCUUUGUGCUGAUGGUUUUCCUCAUGAUCUUUAUAUUCUUCGUUGCAUGAUUUCCACUUGCAAUGUCACCAUGAAUGUUCUGCAUAGUUUGUCUGCUAUGCGUAGUAUAUUCUUUUGAUUUUUACCAAACUACAACAUGUACACAAUUUUCACCCGGGAUGAUAAGCAGCCGUCUAGCCUUUUGUGGUCAUGUAAAUUGGGAGAAGCUCCAGAACUGGUAUGUUAAAGUUUUCACUACUUGUUCGAUGUACCAUUUGAUGACACACGUUGGUAGCAAUGUGGAAGAAAACUGUCACUGCCAACGGGUGAACCCCUAGGAGGGGGUGGUCAGGUGGUGAUGGUGUUGUGAUAUCUGAACAUGUGACAGCCUAUUGCUCCAUAGCAGACGACCCGCUGUUUCUGAACUUCACUAGUAUGGCUUAAAGCAAUUUCA